AUGCAAAUUUACGAGGCCGGAAUGAUCGACAUUCUGGUCAUUGCUACCUUUAUUAUUUCAAUGUCACCGUCAUUUUGUUAUGCCAGACCACCCACAUCAGACUUUAGCUUGCCAGCACCUGUAACCGUAGCAGUAAUUUUCUUCAUUUCUUUCUCCUUCGGUUUUUUAACAUUAUACUUUUGUAGGUGUAUCCUAGAGAGUCUUGCAAGUCUUUGGAAUAAUCAGCGUAACCCUUCACCUCCGGUUGAUGUAGCUCCGGCAGCAGGUGAAAAUAUUAGUAACGGCCUUGAUCCUGAGCUAAUACAAGCAUUUCCAACAUUCUAUUAUUCCACUGUCAAAGAGUUUCGUCGUGAAAAGUAUGGCCUAGAAUGUGCUAUUUGCUUGGGAGAGUUCGAGGACGAGGAUAUGCUUCGUCUUUUGACAAUUUGUUUCCAUGUUUUUCAUAAAGAGUGUGUUGAUCUUUGGCUUGAAUCUCAUAAAACUUGUCCAGUUUGUCGAGGAGAGUUAGAUGUGCUUAGUAAGAAAUCCCCUUUACUGAUUCGUAGCAAUUCCAUGCAUGAAAUUUCAACAAAUGCUGAAAGUUCAGCAAAUCAAAGUCCAGUUGAAGAUUCUGUUUGCAUUGACAUUAAAGAUGAUAACGAUGAGAAAGUUGAUGGAGAAGAUAAAGUACAAGUCACCUCAAGUACAAAAGAACAACAAUCUAGAAAAAACGAAAGAAUGGAAAAUUUUUCUAGGUCUCAUUCUACGGGUCACUCCAUAGGUAGAGCUAAAGAAGAAGAUAGAUAUACCCUCAGAUUGCCUGAGCACAUUAAAAUAAAAAUUGUCAGGGGACAUCAUGCUGCAAGAAGUUGUACUGUGUUUGGUGAAUUUACGAGCCCCUCGAACGACAGACACAGAGGUUCUGGUGAACCGUCAGAGACUCGCAUAGGAGAUUGA